AUGACUUAUUUCCUUGAUAAUGUUGAACCACCACCUCCAAAUCGAUUAGAACCAAGUUUCACUACUUUAGUUUCAGAAUUAUUUCAAAAAUUAGAUGCUGUUAGAAAAGAAUCUUUACCUGAAGGUGUUAAAACUAUAACUGAACAAAAAUCCAAAAUUAUAUCAUCAUAUAUUGAACUUUUUAAAACUAAUAUAGGCAACAAUUUUUAUCAGACAUCAAUAUUAGUAUUCCCCGAAAAAGCUGGUAGAUUAUAUUAUUGUAAAGAGAUUUUUUUAGCCAGAUUAAUUGUUAAAAUUUUUAAAAUCCCUAAACAAUCUGAUGAUUAUACUACGUUAAUGAAUUUUUAUAAAAACUACCAAGCCUCAAAAAGGUUUGCCGUAGAUGCUAAAAACUUUAGGGAUUUUGCUUUGCAAGCCCUGAGAGUUAUUUCAGAUAGGCGUAAAGCAAAUCCUGAAAUUAAAGAAUAUACAAUUAAUGAUAUAAAUCAAGAAUUGGAUAAAUUAUCAAAUACACAAAAAUCAGAUAAACAAAUAAAGAUUUUGGAACCUUUAUUCAAUCAUCUUAAGAUUGAGGAAGUUCGUUGGUUAAUUCAUAUCAUCUUGAGAAAAGCUAUUUUGUCAAAUCUUGAAAUUUAUAUGUUUAAUCAAUGGCAUCCAGAUGGUUACAGAUUGUAUAAGAUCUGUAACAAUUUAAAGUUAACGUUCUAUACAUUAACUGAUGUUAAUAAACGAGUUCCAUUAGAAGAUCUUAAGAUACAUCCAAUGUAUCGGUUUAAACCAAUGUUGUCUGUAAAGUUGACAAAAGAUUAUCAAAAGUUAAUAACAAACACUUUACAAAAGAAACAUGAAAUGAAUCAAGAAUAUGAAAAUCUUUAUAAUCAAAUGCAUCUACAACUGAAAUUUUAUAUAGAAGAGAAAAUGGACGGAGAUAGAAUGAUUUUACAUUAUGAAAAUAAUCAUUUUAUGUUUUUUUCCAGAAGGUUAAAGGAUUAUUCGUUUUUAUACGGGAGAAACUAUAAUAGUGGAUCUUUAACAAAAUACCUCAAGGGAGCUUUUCCAAAUCAAGUUACCAGUAUAAUAUUAGAUGGAGAAAUGGUGGCUUACGAUUAUGAAAGAAAAGCAAUUUUACCAUUUGGAACUCUAAAAUCAAGUGCCAUUCAAGAGUCAGUUCGUCAAUUUAAUACAACGGAUAGUUAUGAAUUAUUCACUAGCUAUCCAUUGUUUAUUAUUUUUGAUGUUCUCUAUCUCAAUGGUAAAGAUUUAACAAAUUAUCCACUUUUUUUUAGAAAAAAUUUACUCCAAAAACUUAUUACUCCAGUUCCAAAUAGAUUUGAAAUUCAUAAACCAAGAAUUGGUGAAACUGCAAGAGAUAUAGAAAAAGCAAUUAGAGAAGUUAUAAGUCAAAGAAGUGAAGGUUUAAUUGUUAAACAUUGUCAAUCAAAAUAUUUAAUUGAUGGUUUUAGAAAUCCAGAUUGGAUAAAAGUUAAACCUGAAUAUUUGGAAAGAUUUGGUGAGAAUUUAGAUUUGGUUAUAAUUGGAAUGAAUCCACAAAUCAAGAAUAGUUUUAUGAUGGGAUUGAAAAAUGAAGUUGAUGGAAGUUAUUAUCUGUUUUGUUUUGUUGCAAAUGGUAUAACUACUGAAGAUUAUGAUAAAAUUAAUAGAAUUUUACAUAAUAAAUGGAAAAAUAUUAAAAAAGAAUUCCCACCUGAUAAUUUAAUUAAAUUUGGUACAAGAUUACCUGAUUAUUGGAUAGAUCCAAAAGAUUCAAUUGUAUUAGAAGUUAGAGCAAGAUCAAUUGAUGUAAGACCAGAAAAAACUUAUGCAGUUGGAAGUUCACUUCAUAAUAAUUUUUGUAGAAGAAUUAGAGAUGAUAAAUCAGUUGAUGAAUGUAUUUCAUUACAACAAUAUUUAGAAUUGAAACAAAAUUAUUAUAAUGAUGUAUUAAAAUCUCAAAAAGCAGCAACUAAAAAAAGAGGUCUUAAUAUAUUAACAUCAUUUAAUGAUGCAAAUCAACAAUUGAAAAAGACAAAAGUUGAAUCAAAUUUAUUUAAAGGUUUUGAAUUUUUAAUAUUAUCUGAUAAAAGAGAUGAAAUUACUGGUGAUUUAAUUAAAUCUGAUGAAUUAAAAAUGUUGGUUAAGAAAUACGGUGGUACCCUAGUUGGUUCAAUUGAUGCAAAAACAAAUUUACAAGUUUUAAUUAUUACAGAAAAAUUUUUACCAUUAGCAGAAGUUUAUUUAAAAAGGGGUUUAGAUUUAAUUAAACCAAAUUGGAUAUUUGAAUGUAUUAAUAGAAAUUGUAUUGUUCAAUUAGAACCUAUAUUUAUAUUAGAUACUAAAGAUUGGAAUCCAUAUAAUGAUAAAGUUGAUAAAUUUGGUGAUUCAUUUAUUAUUCAUCAUUCAUUAAGUAAUUUACCAUUUCCAAAAUUAAAUCAAAAAAAAUUAACUACAUUAAAAGAAAGUUUUGAAUGGGUUAAUAAACCGUUAGUUUAUUUAUUUGAAAAUACUACAUUUUAUGUUUUAGAUGAUGGUUCAUUAGAUGGAUUUGUUUUAAAAGAAAAAAUUGAAAGAUUUAGUGGUGAAUUAAUAGAUGAUUAUUUAAAUUGUUAUUAUAUUGUUGUUCCAAAAAAACAUGAAAUAAAUGUCGAUAUUGAAAUUGAUUCAAUGUUUAAAGAAAUUAGUGAUUCUGUUCAAUUUGAAAAUGGUAAAUUAAUUUCAAGAAUACCUGUUUUAGUUAAUGAAAAUUUUAUUGAUAAAUGUAUUGAAUUAAAUUCAAUUGCUGAUCCUGAUGAUUAUAAAUAUAUUAAAGAUCCUGGUGAUCAAAUUAAAAUUAAACAAGAGAAAUGA